AUGGACGAUCCAGAACUUGAAGCUAUUCGUCAGGCUAGGAUACGCGAGUUGCAAGCUGCUGCUGCUGGGGGUGGAUCAAAGUCUUCAGAAGACGAUGGUGAAAAGAAACGCCGUCGAAGAUCUUCUAAUUCGAAUGGCGCAGUCUGGUCAAUUGCGUGGAAAAGUAAGCGAAUCGCAGCUGAUCGAUCUUUUGCAACAAAUCAACCAACAGCAAAAGCCAGAGAAAAAAAUUGUGGUACUUUCCUCAUUUAA